AUGACAGUUGCUGCACCUCCAGUGCCCUCUGUGCACGAGAAUGGCAUGAACGGCAAUAUGCCUGGUCACCACGUCAACAUGAGUCUACCGCGCUUUCACCCCAUUGCCAUGAACCCUGGUCAACCAAUGCCUCCGGAGGCCAUGAUGCACGGCCACCAGCCGUUUCGUCACUAUCCACCACCGAUGCAAGAUCAAGGGCCGCAAGUCCCCCAAGGGCCGCCAACACCUGGCGUAUCUAAUAUAGAUCACAUUGAGGCCCGUCUGAGGCAAUUGGAACACGAAGAGGCCGCUCGCAUGGCCGCUCGUAGCCAUUUACUUGCUAUCCGGAAGCGAGAGGAUGAAGAAUUUCGUAGGAUGACGGAAAACGCAGAGGCAGAAGAAGAGGAACUGCGGAGGCAACGGAAACGGCUGAAGCGGGAAUCUAUGGGCCUCUAUAAUUCAAGUCUUGAAUCCCCUCCUCUACGUCCUACGCCACCUCGCCGUCUAUCAGAAACCAAUGCAGCCACCACACUCGCCUUCCUACAGCAACAAACUCCGCCAGAACCUCGUACCAUUGCCCCUCCUCCGCCUCCACAAGCACAGAUUCAACCGCCUCAUCACCAGCAACAUAUGCACCACGACCCCACAGGCGCUGGUUCAAUCCGACGAAAGCAAAAGUAUACAAUCAAGAACGUGGAGGCCUGGGGAGAGCGCCACGGACGACCAGCCGCACAUGAUCCUUCAGGGCGAGCUCUCUGGAAACGCCCGUCCGAUGGUAGCCUGGUCUACCUCACCUGUCCAGUCUCCGGCUGCGGCAAGGCCGACUUCGUGACCCUCCACGGUUUCAUGUGCCACCUCACCAAAAAACACAAGGACCGCAGCCUAGGCAGCCAGUCGCGCGCCCUGGAAGUCUGCGGCGUCGUAUACGACCCCGCCGCCCCCCUACCUCCAGUUGCCAACGGCCACCGCGCAUCUACUGAAGAAAGCCGUCUCGAUUCCGCACCUACCGACCCCGAAGGAUACCCACAGGAGAUGGAAUACUCAACAGGCUCCGAUGACGAGAGCGCCGUCCACUCCGUCGUCAAGACCGAAUCCUCAGAUAGCAGGCCGCUCCCUCCGCCUGGUGCCCUCCUCACACCCUCGGAGGAACACCCUCCCGCACCAAUUCCUGUACCUGCAUCCGUAUCCGCAAUACCCAAGACCAACGGCUCCACGAAGCAAUCGAUCUCCUCCAUUAUUGACCGCGAGCCUGAGUCAGCCCGCUCACCCAGAAAGCGGGAGCGCUCCAUCUCCCCACUCCCUGGUUUCGCGGAUACAGUGGCUGAGAUGGAGCGGAAGAUGCGAGACCCGAAGGGCGAGUUGUCCGGCGAGAAUAAGGAGAACGCCGAGGCCCAUUAA